CGAACCAAUCUUCCCGCGAUGACCCUUGUAAAAGCCCAACCUCCCCUUAAUAACGGGCACGUCAGAAAUGAGGCUAAAGAAUGGGCGCAAGAUAAGAUUUCGCAAAUGACUCUUGAAGAAAAGGUCCUUUUGCUCACCGGCGAAGACCUGUGGAGGACCAACGCAAUACCUCGUCUUGGAAUCUCCAGAAUCAAGACCUCAGACGGACCUGUCGGUGUUCGUGGGGGCAUAUUUACAGACGGAGUCAGCGCUGCUUCAGCGCCUACCGGAACACCGCUCGGCGGCCGCAACUUCGAAGCCUACAGCGAGGAUCCCUACCUGACCGGCAAAAUCGCCGGUGAGUUCAUCAAUCAUCUCCAAGAUGCAGGUAUUGGCGCUUGUAUUAAGCAUCUUGCCGCAAAUGACCAAGAAACGCGGCGCUUCUUCAUCGAUGAGAAGAUUCCGGACCGAGCUCUGCGCGAAAUUGCCCUGCAGCCGUUCCAGAUUGCUAUUCGUGAUAGUAACCCUUGGACGGUUAUGACUGCUUAUAACAAGAUCAAUGGGACGUUCUGCUCCGCUCAUGACUUUUUGAUUCAGGAUGUUCUUCGUAAGGAAUGGGGUUGGGAUGGUCUCGUGAUGAGUGAUUGGUUUGGCACGAAUAGUGUUGUUCCAUCUGUCAAGGCAGGGCUUGAUCUUGAAAUGCCAGGCCCUGUGCGGCGAAGAGGCAAACAUCUCAUCGAUGCGUACCAGAAAGGUCUUGUUGAUCUAUCCUUCAUCGAUGCAUCUGCUUCCAGAGUCCUUGAGCUCGUACAUAAAGUCGGAAAGAGCAAUAUUCCUGAUUGGAAGGAAGGCAAAGAGAAGGCAGACGAUCUUCCUGAACACCGGGCGAUUUUUCGUCGAGCUGGCGCUGAAGGCAUCGUUCUGCUCAAGAAUUCUGCCAAACUUCUUCCUCUGUCUAACUUGGAUGGGAGAAGAAUCGCUAUUCUCGGCCCCAAUGCUCUUCGGUCCGUAGCUACAGGUGGAGGCAGCUCUAACCUCGCACCUCACUAUCGAACAACACCUUACCAAUCGAUCAAGUCCGAAAUAGCCGCCAAAUUCCCGACAGCCAAAGUCCAUGCCCAUGCAGGUAUCCUCACCCAUCGGUACAUUCCGCUCGUGGAUCAGAAUGUCAUGACGAAUCCAGAGACUGGGAAGCCUGGCUUUCAACUGUGUCUGUACCGCAACAUGAACCACGGUGGCCAGCCUUUCAUGGUUGAACACAGACCUAGUUCCAACUUGGUCUGCUAUGAUGGGCUUCCUCCAGAGUUGACGACUGGUGAGAGAUACUCGUAUAGAGGACGAACUGUACUCAAGCCAAAGACCACUGGCCUCCAUGAGUUUUCCCUGUCUUCAUGUGGGCCGGGAAAGCUAAUGCUCGAUGGAGAGGUCAUCAUUGAUAUCGAGCGACACUGGUGGUCUCCCAAAUCUUCUUUGUUCAUGAGCUACGGUUCUCCUGAGAAGAGGGUCAAGGUGUACAUGGAAGCGGGGCGAGAGUACGAACUGCUACUUGAGUCCAUAAGUCGAGAGCCUAAGCCAUACAAUCUUGAUUACAUGGCCGAACUUGAACGCGAGGAGGUUCAAGAUGGCGGUCGUGUUGGAUUCAUGGAGAACCCCGGGGAUCUAGAUAGGUUCUUCCAGGACGGUAUUGGCAUGGCUCGUGAUAGCGAUGUUGCGAUUGUCGUGGUGGGCAAGGACCAUGAGUGGGAAACGGAGACCAGUGAUAUGGUAUCAAUGGACUUGCCCGGGCGAUCAAACGAGUUCAUCAGCGCCGUCGCUGCAGCCAACCCAAACACCAUCGUGGUUAACCAGACAGGCAGCCCUAUCACCAUGCCCUGGAAAGAUAAAGUCUCUGCCAUAAUUCAGGCUUGGUAUCAAGGACAGGAGCAGGGCAAUUGUCUUGCAGACGUGCUUUUGGGUACAGUAAACCCCAGUGGAAAGCUACCCAUCACCUUUCCCAAGCGCAUCGAAGAUACACCACCCUACGAUAAUUAUCCUGGUAAGAAUGACGUGGUUUAUUACGGGGAGGGUAUAUACGCAGGCUAUCGAUUCUAUGACCAUCGUAAGAUCGAGCCUCUUUUCCCCUUCGGUACAGGGUUGUCAUACACCACCUUUGAGUACAGCAACAUGCGCAUCAGCGGCAAUGAGUUUCAUGAAGAAGCGGGUAUUGAAGUUGAGGUAGAUGUCACCAACAUUGGACCGAGGGAUGGAAAGGAGAUCGUCCAGUUCUAUGUUGGGCAGAUUAAUCCGAGACUCCAUCGACCAGUGAGGGAGCUGAAGGGCUGGGAGAAGAUCUUUGUCCCUGUGGGUCAGACUGUCACUGCUCGUAUGAAGAUUGACAAGGUCAGUCUGUCAUACUGGGAUGAUAGCGUUGCUAAGUGGGUGAUUGAGAAAGAUGCCGAGUAUCGUGUGACCGCGGCCAAAGACUCGAGUGACGAGGGGUUGACGGCAGCUUUCCGGUCUCCCAAGGAGUACCAAUGGGUCAACUAG